GAGCAUUGCUCAUGAAAUCAUUGUAAACCAAGAUUUCUCUGUGGAAGAGAAGAAUUUACCUGAAAACAGUAUUGAAAGUUGGUUUGUGGAGACAAUGUACAGUGCAUUUUGGGAUCAUCUGGAAGAACAGUUAUCAAAAACUCCUCCUGAUUUCAGUUGUGCUCUUGAACUUAUUAGCAAUAUUAAACAUACCUUGAUAUCACUGCUGUUACCACGGCAGAACUGUCUAAGAAAUGAGAUUGAAGGAGCACUAGAUAUGGAUCUCCUCAGGCAAGAAACAGAGCAUGGUGCUCUGGAUAUGCCUCAUCUUUCUAACUAUAUUCUCAGAUUGAUGGCCCUACUUUGUGCACCAGUUCGUGAUGAGGCAGUACAGAAAUUAGAGGGCAUAAAAGAUCCAGUACAGUUACUGAGGGGCAUCUUUAAGGUUCUGGGCCUAAUGAAAGUGGACAUGGUCAACUAUAUGAUCAAGAACAUUCGGCCGUAUUUACAGGAACAUUCUGUCCAGUAUGAACGAGCUAAAUUCCAGGAAUUACUUGACAAACAACCCAAUCUCCUUGACUGUACCACAAAGUGGGUAACUCGAGCAGCCACAGACAUUAUUACAUCUUUACCAAGUUCAUCUGGUUCUCCCACCUUCUCCUUUGGCCUAGCAAGUUCAUUUUCAGCUUCAGAAACAAACCCAGGGUCACCUAGUCUCACAAUGGUACUAUACCAAGGUUACCUGAAUCUUGUUCUCAGGGAUCAUGGAAAUGAAGAAUUCCCUGAGACUCUGAUGAUGGAUAAAGCCCAGCUACAGACCAUGAAGUCCAAGUUGCAUCAUUUAACUAUACUAGCCUCUGUUCUGCUUGUGGCAAGAAGUUUUUCCUGUGGCGUUUUAUUCAGCUCACCUCAAUUUGUGGAUAAACUGAAGUGUAUAACCAAGGCCCUAACAGAGGACUUUAACUCCAAUCCAGAAGAGUCUAUGCUGUGUGUUAGUGAACAAGUGUCUGAAGAAAUCCAUCAGGACCUCAAGGACACAGGCCUCACUGUUCUGAGCAAUGAAAACAGGGCAUCUCUUAUAGGCCAGCUAUGGAACAUUGCCAAGAAAGAGAACUGCAUUCAUACCAUCAUUAAACAACAGAUCCAUCAGUUUCUCAAAUGCUGUUUGAUUUGCAGCAUGCAAGAAUCUCUUCUAGACUUUCCAGGGAGUCUUCUUUUCAUCAAAGGGGAAUUAGCAGAACUAGGCUGGAAGUUUGUUAAUUUGAUGCAUCACAACCAGCAAGUAUUUGGCCCAUACUAUGCGGAGAUCCUAAAAAACGUCAUUACUCCACCAAACACUGAAGGACAUGAAGCAAAACCCAUUUGACAGUACUGAUCCCGAGUCCUGGCCUCAUGGAACCAGAAAAAAGGGUUCAUCAUAUUUCUUGGAUGACAUCACCUGUGAUUAACAAAAAAGCAGCCAUCUGCCUCACUUUCU